AUGCUGCGGCUGGCGCCCGGCCAGCCGGGCUACUGCGAGCUGGUGCUCCUGCUCGCAGAGCUGGACCGCGCGGCGGGGCAGUUCUGGCUGCUCCGGGGGAUUGCGGAGGCCGCCAACCAUGUAUAUGAAGGGCUGGUCCGUGCUGAGUGGGCAGGCCUGUCGGAUUUGGAGCGCAUCGUGUAUCUCGCCCAGGCCCAGCAGGAGGCUGAGGCCAAAGAGCGUGCCCGCGUGCUCGAAGCUGAUGCCAAGGGUCGCGCCCGUCUGCUCGAGGUGGAUCCUGAGGCGGAGACUGUCCCAGGCCUCCCUGGUCUCCCCGCCGAGUCUGCAAUGACCCCUGGCCGUGUGCCGGCCGAGCCAGCAGCGGUCCCCGUGCCGCCGCCGCCGGUCUUCGGGGCCUUCCUGAACGCCGCUGCUCUGCCCUCCGGCGACGCGGCAUGCAGCGAGGGGCCUCUCAGCUCACUGCUGGCGGCGGCAGCUGCGCGCACUUUGCCCUCGCACCCUGGCGUCUGCAACUCGGCCUACUCGCCGGCGCUCCUGGCCGCGGUCGGCCUCCUACCGGCAGAGACCUUGGCAGGCUGGCUCGCCCAUGCGUCCAUGGGUCCGCCCUUCGCUGGCCUGGUGCAAGAGCUCGUGGGAGCAUCGGCGGCGCCCUCCUCGGAUCACGUUUUUGCUCUGCAGUCCUUGGCUGCCGCCGCGCCCGGGCACGCCGCGCCUGCGGCCUUGGCGGCCGCUGCCCUCCUCGGGCGGCUGGCGCGCCCCGUGGGCCUUGCAGAGGUGGUCCACACCCUCCUGCUCGGGGCCAAUUACCUGGACCCCUUGGUCGCCGAGGCCUUGGCGGCGGUGUACGGGGGCUCUGCACAGGGUGCCGCUGCUGCCCUCCGUGCCGCAAGUCUGCGCUGGGCUGCGGGCGCAGCGGGCGGCAGCUCGAGCGGUUCUGCGGGGGCCAGCCUGGGCCUGGCACCGGCGUCGCAGGCGCAGCACCAGCCCCAGCAGCCUCCCGCGCCUUCCGGCUCUUCGCGGCGCUACGCCGGCGCUGACCCCGGUAGCGCCCGCUUCCGCCGCGGGCUCCCUGCGCGUGCUGACGGGCGCGCGCUCACAGAGCAAGAGGUCCUUCAGUUGGCUGCCGCCUGCGGGCUCUACACCGACUCCCGCCAGGCAUUCUGGCUCUUUGGCACCAGCGGGGCCCGGAUCGGCUUGGCGCUCCGUCCGCUCGGCGGCGGCGGGGUGAUCAAUUUUUGGCUCCGGCAAGCCAAAUUGACCAUCGCCGGCAACACGGAGGUCCGAGAGCGGCUCCUCGAAGCAGUGCUUGCGUGGACC